AUGAUAGUAUGGUUCUCUCCGAUACUCUGCGGGAUAGUCGGAGCGGCGAGCCGCACGUUAGGUUACCCUGUUAGGCUUUCAGACGUUAGUCUUCCCUCAAAAUUGGACCUCAUCGCCAGGCAUCUCACCUUCACAGCUCUAACAGGCACGGAUUUGGCAGCGGAAUUGACGGACCCAUGGCAGCUGCUAGAGUUUCUCAAUGCUGCUCGCUUAGCCUACGGUCUCGAUACGCCCGAGAGUCUUGGGUACCCCGCCGGCUUUGAUUUUGUACACGGUCCAUUGAAUAUUGCCGUUUACAUUGACUACAACGCUUAUUCUCUGGAUUUGUGGACCGCAGAUCUCACAGGACUCGGAGUCAACACACUUGGACAUGAGCAUAGCUACGCCCGCUACCCAGAGUUGGGACUAUGGAGGAUCGAUCCGGCGGAUUCAGAGAGCCGGGUGUCGCAGGCCAUCCAACAUUUCAUCUCUAAUCUGAAGACUACGGAUGACGGGAAUCACGUUCGAGCGGUCAUCGUCAGUGGCGAAGCACCCUCGUUUGCGACGAAUUCUCUCCGGUCCAGCAUAAUUGAAUGGGGAUUCUCAAGGUGGUUGAAUCAUUUCCAUUCUUCUCACGUGCAAAUGUAG